CUGUGGCAGGCUGAACAUCAUUUUCCCCGCAGCCAACUUAACGUGAACUGCAUAAUCCCCACAAAACAAUGAACUAAAACCUGAGAGACUUUAAUUUCGAGUUUCUCCUUAGGCCCUUCUCGUUAAAUAAAUAUUUAAAAAAAAAUUGAUGGAAUUUUUCGGAAAGUAGUAAAAUGGGUGUUCAAUGAGAUGAUGGAAGGAAUUAUUUGAUGGGUUCUUUUGUAUUAGAAGAACAUAUGGUGAAAGUGUCUGUGGUGUGACUGUUGUCUGAGGGUCAGAGUUGGGUUAAAUUGAACCAAGUCAAUUGAGGUGGUGACCGAGUUUCAGUUAUGAGUGUGAAUUUGUAUGCUCAGCAUAGGGGAUUUUGUUUCAUGCUACGAAGGGCAGGAGUUUGUGGAUCGCAUUAAUUGAGUGGUGGUUCCUGAGUUGGGACCGAUUACGGUGUCUGGGAUCGGAGUUUGGGUUGUUUGGACAGUUUCGUGCCGCGGGAUGCUGAAUCCUGUAAGUGGGUUGCUGAGUUCUUGAUUCUCUGUUUCAAUCUAAAGCCGGGUCACGUACCGAGUCAACUCGGCUAGUAACUGACUCCUUCUUCUCCCAGUUUUUCCCAUAGUCAACUGAAUUUGAGUACGUAGCCUCGGGAAAAAUGUAUAAAUAAAAAGAAAUCGAGUGCUUACCAUUAUCAUAACUCCAUGGGUUUUAUUCUUUUAAGGCGGUUCGAAAUAAAGAAAAGCAACUAGAAAGAUUGAUUCAGGCCUUUCCCACCAUUUAGUAGGCUUUCAUGCCUUCAGUGGGAAUGAGAUGGAGUACGAGGGUGUUCGGGACGGUCUUGCAGUCAGGAAGGAGGGUGUGGAGGGGACUAGUAGAGGGCGGGAAGUACAUAAGAACGAUCAAUGGGGAUAAUGAGUGGAUUGAACUCGCAGACAAUUCCGGGGACGGUAGAGGGGAUGCCGGCAGCCCUGGCAAGGGAAGCACAUGGGAUGAAAAUGAAAAUGAAAACGAAAACGAUCUCCCCUUGCGAAUGGUUACAGAAAGCAAAUUAGAAACUUGGGAGGUUGAGGGCGCAGUGGAGGCAGCAAAUGAGGACAGGAUGUAUGGAAUUGUGUAUAGUAGAAAGAGAAAGAGGAUGGAGUCAAAAAGUACUGGCAUUUCAGAGGAUACGAGGUUUGGCAAGAAGUUUUUGAGGAAAAAGUGGAGGAGGAAACUUGAAUCAUGUGGCGAAUUACAAGAUUAUGAUACUAGGUGUCGAGAACUUGCUGUUGUUGCUGCUGCGUCUUCUGGUGAUAGCGAUCAUUGGAUUGCUUGGUUCUUGAACUCUGCAUUGAGGUACAUGCAGAGGGAUAAGUUUGGAUUGCAGGGCCUCUCUGUAUUUGUAUCCUCGGAGCCCAUUUCCCAUGCUUUCUCUUUACAUGGUAUUCGAUUUUUGAAGGGCCCUACUUCAUUCGAAAAACCUGGAUUUUGCAUAAUUUCGGAAUCCAGGUCUUCGAUACCAGUGUUUACAGUGGAUUAUUCUGCAGUUCCAUUUUCCUUUAUGCUUUUGCAUUCAAGUAUGCAUCUUAGAUCUAUUGUGAUGCAUUCUUUUGUUGCAAAUUGGAAGGUUAAGAAAAUGACAGACUAUGAGAAGGAACACUCCUCUGACAUUCCUUCUGGGACAGAUCAAUCUGAUUGCACCAUGGUGUCAUCUGAGAUUGAUGAUUCUGGGUGGAGGGAAUUGUCACAUUCAACCUUUGGAUUGUCGAAAUUGCCUGUUCAAAAUAAUCAAUUAAGAACCAGCCACAGUAUUCAGAAACCAAGGACUUCUCUGGGGCGCAGGAGAGGUAGGCCUUCUUCAGUUUUCCAUGCACAGAGAGGUAGACUUGAUGGUUUCCAUUCCUCAAUUACACCAACCGGCCAUGUAGUUCAGAGUUCUAUAAAGGGCAGUUCCACCAUAAAUGCCACCUUAAAUUCUAUUCUUUUGGGGUCGACACAAGAAGAUAUAGAUGCUAAUAGUUGUAUUGCUAAUGUAUUAGUUGUUGAAAUGGACAAAUGUUAUAGGGAAGAAGGAGCCAUCAUUACCUUAGAAGUAUCUGCUUCGAAAAACUGGUUUCUUGCGGUUAAGAAGGACGGGAUAGAACGAUAUAGCCUCAGUGCUUUAAAAGAUAUGAGGCCAUCUAGUUUUGAUCGUGUAACUCAUGCCAUAAUAUGGAGCGGGAACAGUAAUUGGAAGCUCGAAUUUCCUUGUAAACAAGAUUGGUUGAUUUUCAAGGAACUAUACAAUAAAUGCUACAAUCACAAUGUACAGAUGCCCGUGACAAUUGUCAUUCCUGUUCCUGGGGUACGUGAGGUAGUGGAACCUCCAUAUACAGACAUCCCAUAUGUCAGACCUGAUUCAUACAUUGCUGUAAAAGAUGAUGAACUAACCAGGGCUUUGGAAAAGAGGACUGCCAAUUAUGACAUGGACUGCGAGGACAAGGAUUGGCUUAACAAGUUCAAUAAUGAAUUCAGUGGAGAAAAGGACCUUCAUCAGCUUGUCAUCCCUGAGAGAUUCGAGUUGAUAAUUGAUGCACUUGAAAGAGGUUUUCACAGUAAUGCAGAUUAUUGGUCUGAUGAGAAAGUGGCUGACGGUGUAGGAAUGGAUCUUGAAAGAAAGGAAGUUGUAGAUGCUGUGCGUAGUUAUUGGAUUCAAAAACGAGGGCAAAAACAUUCAGCAUUAGUAAGGAUUUUCCAGAUAUACAAGCCUGGAAGAACUAAAGUGAUCCCAAAGACUGUUUUGCGGAAGAAAAGAUCAUUCAAACGACAUGGAACUCAGCCCGGGAGAGGCAAACAACCACCUUUCUUGCAAGCGACUGCUGCUGAACAAGAUGCUUUGGAGCAACAGAAUAACUUCUUCAAAGUGCAAGAAGCUAAAGCUGAAGCAAACAGAUUCGAAGAGUUUGCUAUUCUGAAACGCCAACGAGCCCAGACACUCACUGAAAAUGCUGAUCUGGCGACGUUCAAAUCCAUGAUGGCACUUAGAAUUGCUGAGAACUGCCAGUAAUUCUGUAUAGAUUUUGAUUGAAUAUACAUUUGUAUUAAUCUUGAAUUACAGGAUGUUUAUAGAAUAGUUUUGACCAUUUUCUUGGAGCAUAUAAAGUUUAAAUUAUAGAGAGCUUUA